GGGAGAUCAUCAACAAGCGCCGGCAGCUAGCAGUACAGUAGCGCUGUUUUCUGCAGGUUCCUAGUCUAAAUUAAUGCUUUUACAGAUGCGGGAGAAGAAAUCCUCAAAGGAGAAGAAAAGAAAGCACUCUCACCGAGAGUCUGACGAUGGAGACAGAAAACGGAGGAGCACUGAGUCCAGCGCGGAGGAUCCUAAAGAGGAGGUGGAUCAUCCGGAGGAGGGCGUCGAAGAGCCGAGCGACAUAGAGGAAGGCGGACUGGACCUGAACGUGCCUUUCAAACCCAUAAGCGCCUACGUGACGGACAGACAGGAGAUGCUGGAGCAGUGCUUCAGAGUUCUCGGCGAAAACAAACUGAAAAAGAUGCUGCCAGACGAGUUAAAGGAGUGUUCCAUAGCAGAGAUAAAGACGCUGUGCUGGGAUCAACUGAAGGAGCUGUCCGAGAGCAACCUGCUCCGGAUACUGGAAGGUAAAGAGUUGACGGCUAACUCAGAAACUGAGGAGAAUGAAGCUAAAAGGAACUCAGUGGACAGUCAGCAGGACAAUAAUGUGGAUUCCACCUCCUCUAUGAAAGAGACGGCUGAAGCAGAGGACAAACAAGGGGGCUCUGGAGAGGAGAGCGACGUUCUGAGCAUCAACGCAGACAUGGACGACAGUGACAUCGAGGGCCACAGGGAUGACAAACCUCCAGAAGAGGAAGCUCCCGCUACCAUGGCGAUGACCUCUUCGGCCUCUGCUCCACCUCCAGAACCGGAAUCCCAUCCGGCCGAGCCGAAACUAGAGCUUCAACGCGACAUCGACAAGAGUGUCAGUGAAAUCCUGUCCCUGACCACGCCUCCUUCCAGCAAGGCGGAGCUGGAGCUGCCGGUUGCUGUGGAAACUACUCCAGCCCCACUUCCUCUUCCUCUGGCCCAGGCUGCAGUGCCCUCGGCACAGCAGUUGGCCCUUCUGGAGCUGGAGAUGAGAGCGAGAGCCAUUAAAGCGCUAAUGAAGGCCAAUGACCUCAAGAAAUAAGCCAGUGAUUGAUGUAUAUGUGCUUCGCCCAUGAAUGCGUACUUUCAUAGCUACUGUUGCUAAACUGGACAAGCUUUACAGAAUGCAAGGAGAAAUCCCAUUUAACCUAAUGGGAAACUGUAGAACACAGUUUAUAUCACAAUACCUACAUUUAGAGUGAGUUAUUCAUUCAACCUAAUGAGAAACUGUAGAACAGACUCAGUUUAUAUCACAAUACCUACAUUUAGAGUGAGUUAUUCAUUCAAACUAAUGAGAAACAGUAGAACAGACUCAGUUUAUAUCACUAAAUGUAGGUACUGUGAUAUAAACUGAGUGAGUUCUACAGUUUCUCAUUAGGCUGAAUGGGAUUUUUUACCAGUUCUGUAAAACUUGUUAAAACAAUUGCUAAUAAAGAACAUAUUUAUAGGUGGCGCACAGAUGUUGGCUGUAAGCGAUGUGAGGAAUGUCUAAGGCCAUAUUGGCUUCCAAAUGUACAGUUAUGUUGGGGGAACAUAAACAGCCAUAUUGGCUUCUCUUGUUUUUUUGAGGGAAAUUUCACAAAGCAGGAUUUCUCAAUGUAGCUGGAUAAUUUAAGCUCAUACUGAAGAAGGUCAGAUACAGAUAUCCCUUACAGGCUCAACUCAGGCUUAAAGGUGGUUUUCCAGCCUAAUCUCAAUCUGCUGCUUUUGUAGCAUGGGAUUGUCUUCUGUGGACAAUAAUUUUGACACAACAGGUUUCAUGUUCCUGUUUGAGUGCAGGGAAAUGACUGUUGAUAAUUAGCCAUUUGUUGUAUAGAUUGGGUUGAGAAAUGCAGAGCAAUCUUUCAAGUUAUCUGGCAAACUAAGAAAUCCUACUUUAUGAAAGAUGUUUUGUUUUUGUUUUUAAUCGCCUGAAGGUAUAAAGAAAAAAUAUAAUGUACUGUGGAGGCUUUACGUUAAAAACUGAUCCCGAUAGCAACAGGGCUGCUGAUAUGGGGAGAAUCUUUCAGAAACUUUUGUGUGUAUCAUUUCUACUUCAAUAAACGCACACUCUGUCUAUGUGUAUAUAGAGUGUAUAUAUGCUUUUA